AAUAAUACCUGCAUCCAACUGUAGUAUAAAUAUCCUUACCUAGGCGUUAGAUCUUCACAACACAAUCAGAUUUGAUCAGUGAAUACUACAAACCAGGAUCAAAUUAAAGACUCAAUAUGAAGAUUUUAGUUCUCCUAGGAUUGGUAUGCUGCGUGGCCGUAGCUUGGAGUAAGCCUGCAUCUACUUACACCGAUAAAUGGGACCAUAUCAAUGUCGAUGAAAUAUUAGAAUCUCAGCGUCUCUUGAAGGGCUACGUCGAUUGCUUGGUCGAAAGAGGCCGUUGCACAACAGACGCUAAAGCCCUAAAGGAAACUCUACCUGACGCAUUGGAACAUGACUGCAAAAAGUGCACAGAAAAACAGAAAACUGGUGCUGACAAAGUAAUCAGACAUUUAGUAAACAAACGCCCUGAUUUGUGGAAAGAACUUUCGGCAAAGUACGAUCCUAAGAACAUCUAUCAGCAAAAGUACAAAGACAGAAUAGAAUCCGUCAAGCAAAAGGCUUAAAUAUGUUUAAUUUUCAGCAAACGAGUUGCUACAAAAUU